UCUAUUUUUUUGGUGCUGGAAUGCCAACAAGCAUGGCCAGGUCCGGGCGGUCGUGGUAAUACGGCCGUUCGUGGUGCGCUGCGGUAAUGCAGGCACGGGUCGGUAAGACGGUAAUGCGUGAACCCGGAUGGGUAUUUGUGUGUGUAUUUGAUGGUCAGGAAAAUAGACCGAGUCAGUUAUGUCCGAGAAUUUCUUACUGUUGUACCCAAAUCAUACUGUUACCGAGCCACGUCUUUAUGCUUGGUAUAUAUUCUGAUGACAACCUUCGAGAAUAUGCAGCGAAAAAACGUCAACACUUCCAUUUCGAGACCAGUAGCUUACACUGUCAGUUAACGUAGGCUAUUUAUAAGCACGGAUCACUGAAGUAAGGUGCCCUAACACUUGGGAACUGUAUAAUUGGAUAAACUUUGUGUGUCGUAACCUGUCGCUUAGUUGUCGAGGAAGGUUUCUCUGCGUCAAUAGUUAAUUUUCAAAGGUUCUUCUUUUCAAAUCAAAUAAACGACACCAAUACGUCGUAUAGGAGUUUGUGUAGGCCUAACGAGAUGUGCUAAACGCACCAUUGUUACCUAUGGACUAGAUAGCACGCGUUUAGCGACCACAAAUGUCCAAAUAAAGUAAUCGAUAACCGUCGAUAACUAGGCUACCGGUAAUCAAUUUCUGUAGGCGUAGACAGUUCAAUGAUUUUGUGUUCCUAAAAAUACAUAGAGACAACUCGUGUUUCUAAAUCGACUAUAAGGCUUGUAGUGCGCAGCUGUCAAGAGUAGCGAAAAUCAAUAGUCUGUUCCUUGUGUGUCGUAUUUGCCGUCACGACACACAGUUUGGCGAUUAAAUUGAACCAGGGAGGUACCAAGAUCACGUCGGCGGUUGUCGACGCAUCUAAUUUUUUUCAAUGGAAAUUCUUAAGCUAUCGCUCUUCAUUGACAUUCUAUUGUUUUUGGUGCCUCUCCUACGAGCUGAUAUAAACCGAACGGGUUGUAAUCGCACAGUAGAAGCUGGUGAUGUUUUGGCAAAUCCCUUGUUGACCGGUUAUAAUAAAGGUCGACCCUACAAUUGCUGGUUUCUCGUGAAGCCUCGUGCUAAUAGUGCACCAAAAGACGUUGCUCUUGUCAUUGUCCUAAAAUUCCAACGUUUUCAAUGGGGACAGCUCAUCAACGCUACGACCUGCAUCGGCGGAAAUCUUAAGAUAUACGAUGGGCCGACGGCAUUGCAUGAUUCGGGCAAUCCCGGAUUCUACUGCGGGGAGAUCGAGCGAAGCAGGUUAUUUAUUUCGGAGAACAACAUGGUGAAAUUGCAUUUCUUCGCUGAGAGCUAUGAUGAUCGCUACCAAUUUGCAGUUUAUACGCGCCAGGAACAACAACAGCAACUGGUCGAACGAUACGGACACCAUCCUCCGCUCUAUCCUCACCGAAGAGGACAACCCAUGACACCUGGUUCUUUAUCUUGCGAUCGAGAAUUUACCGACUGUCGAUUGCAGACGUGUUUUGUCCAGUCACCAAACUUCCCAGGUGUCUAUCCUCGUAAUCGCCGCUGCCUUUAUCACGUAAGCACCCGGCAGCCGUUCAUCAAGCUUUUUACUGAAGACGGAGAAUUCAACGUGGAUGGCCAACGAUGCGAUAAUUACAUAAUGUGUCCACUUCGCCCCAUAGGGGAAGAAAUUUGUCCUCAUGAUUUUAUCAGGGUGUAUGACGGCAACAGCGAGUCCGCUGUGGUCAUUGGCACAUUUUGUGGCAUUGGCCGUUUCCCUUUUUCCAUCGUCGGCACAGGAACAGAUCUUCUACUAGAAUUCGUUUCUUCGACAGCUGGGCCAUUGCUAAAUACCGGUUUCCACUUCAAUGUGGAUAGCUGGCCGGGGAAUGUUGGCAGUGUCUUCAAUCAGCAUAUGGUCCAACAACCAACCGAGAAAUCAACUAACGAUUCUAAACACAAUCCAGUUUGCAGCUACGUACUGACCAGCGCAUCAUUGGAAGGCAGUGGGGAUUCAGAGGGAUUGUUCCUUUCGCCCAUGCACUGGUACCUGCCCAACACCGUUUGCACUUACCUUAUAACAGGGAAACCUGAGCAAAUCGUCCGUGUCUAUUUCCCGACAUUCCGCAUUAGCAAACCCGAUGCUCCUAUUAAGCAACCGACGGGUGACUGCAGUGAAUCAUUGACUAUCUAUGACGGAAAUACGGCUAAUCCAGCUCGAAUUAUCAAAACAUUUUGUGACACCUUUUCGAAGCCACUAGAACGAAAGGACUUUCUGUCAACGGGCAACUCCAUGUUCAUUCGCUUUCACAGUCGAAUUGGAUCGUACAGUGGAUCUUCCAUCAACUUUUGGGCCCAUUACGACUUCUUUAACAACAGUCAGCCUGAAGGACUUAAAACUGCUGAUAGCGAUUGUGACGUCGUUUAUGAGCCGGCCACUCGUACCUCAGGUCAAUGGAUUUCACCGUUCAACACCCUGCUAUUCAAACGUUCGGCAGAUUCAUCCGACCUCAAAUGCCGCUACACUUUUCAGGGUAACCGACGCAGUUCUAGUCGAGUGAUGUUGACUCUGCAAAGCGUCAAUUUGAAGUCUGUAGCAUAUCCUUGUGCGGAUCGUCUGAUUUUUCGAGAUUUGAAAAACGAUCUAACCAUACUCGACGUGAGCGCUAACCGGCUUAAAGCAACGGGCAAUUAUACAAGCACGAGAGGCAAGGGCUACCUUUGUCAACUGCAGUUCCAGAUGGGAAACAUGUCCACACCUUCACGAAUACUUUCCUCGACGCCCAGUUUGUUAGCCGCGCUUCAUAUUGAUGCUCUACGAUCAACUUCACUCUAUUUCAAAUCCAGUUCACCUGUUUUCAGUGGGAGAUACGAUUUUAUUCAUCCAUUGUACAUUUGUGGAUCACCCCGCCCUAACGUGACGGUGGACGGCGUCAUUAACUUACCACAAUAUUUCGAGGAUGGUGACGUGGUUAGUCCGUUAAUUUGUGCAUGGGAUUUCGUAAUUCAACGAGAAAAUAAAAAAGUUGCAGGAAACGAAACAGCAGCGAUGAUGUUAAACGUUGAAGUUUCCGGUUUGCUCAACCUAACACGAGUACAAAAAAUGUCACAGUGCGGCGAUCCAAACGGCAAUUUCGUUGAGGUGACUGUGCCUGGAAACGAAAUGCCGCUUCUGCUGCUCUGUUCUAAGCCGGAAAGGCAUAAUGAUUUUUAUAAAGGAAUACGGCUAAGAGAAGGAUUUGACGAUUUGGACAUAAUGAAAGAAACUCACUACCAACCUGAUGUCAAUUAUGAUUACAUCAAGUCGUCCGGAUUUAGUACUUCUCUGCCACUGUUUCAUUCGAAAUUACCACACCAUAAAGCAGUGAUCAUCGUGAAGCUAAACAACCUAAAAACCAGUUAUGGGGUUCGAAUAUCGUGGUCAGCUGUGCACUAAUAGUAUGAAUUUUCAUUUAACGUUACAGGAAGCGACUCGCAUUCACAAUGGAUUGGUUGCAUACGCCGUUGGUGAAAUUGAGUUGCGUACGUUGUGAAGUGAAAAGAACAGCAAUGGCUCUAUGCCAGAAAUUUAAUUAUAAAAGUAUGAUUUUUUUUUGUUAAGAAUAUUAGACUCUAUGCACUUCCCAUUAUUCUAUGGUAAAUAUUUCACCUGCGAAGUUUGAAGUUCGAACAGUUACACAAUAAAAUGUAUUUUCAAAAUGGAAUAAAUUGAUACCGGUACGCAA